AAAUAAAUAUUUCACCAUAUAAUUUGUAACUGCCAAAAAAAAAAAAAGUGAAAACCAAAAAAAUAAAUAAAAUGGGACAGUUGGUGGAACUGUCGGUGCUACUUUUAUUAGUGACCUCAACUCUAGCCAGUAACAUGAACUACGACCGAUACGAUCGCCUGCCCCAGACCAAGGCCCAGGACAGUUCCGACAUAUGCAAUCACUGCGGCUGCGAAGGAGUUAGGAUUGAAUGCGAUUUCCGGAUAAAUAAAACCCUCUCACCAAUCUGGGACUCCAAAUAUGUCGUCCAAAAGAAAUUCAGAUCGAUCAUAGUCCAGUUGAAGCCGCAAACAAAGUUGGAGCUACGCGCCAACUUCCUAAACGAUAACCAAACGGUCAACGCCUUUCGUUUCUAUGGAUCCAAGGAGGACGAUCAGGUAGAGGUGACCGAGCAUGCCUUCAAGAAGAACAAUGCUGGUUAUCCCGAGAUCGAGUUCUUUGGCGUAAUGGCCGUCUUUCUGCAGGCCCAGGCCCUCGAAGGCGACGAUUUUAAGGUGCUGGCGGAAAACUGUAGCCAUGUGGUUAUCUUUUCGAAGGCCUUGCAAAUGUCCAAUUUGGACCUGACCAUCAAGCAGGUUGACCGGUUCGAUCUGAAACAGAAUGCCUUCCACUCGGGUGGUACCAAGACAUCCACCCCCCUGGUUAAUCUGCGGGUGGAGAACUCUGGCAUGGCCCAGAUCAACAGCUUCAAUCAAUCGAUGAACAAGGUCAGCUUCAGCCUGUGCCGGAUCGGUAGCAUUGAGCAGGACGCAUUCCAUGUCACCAAUAUCAAGGAGCUGAACUUCGAGAAUAAUCAUAUUAGAACCAUUAAGCCGGGAGCUCUAGCCGACAAACUCCUCAGCGAUAAGGUCUCCCUGGUGAACAAUGUAAUCGGAACCAUUGAGGGCGAGGCGAUAAGUCACAGCGGAGUCAGUUAUCUCAUCUUUACCGGCAACACUGUGGAACGCAUUCGAUCGGGGGCCAUCCAGGUGAAUGCAGCAAAUGCCUAUAUCCUCAAUAAUACUGUGCAACAUACGGAAGCCAACUGGCUGACCAUCAAUCAGGUGGCACAUGUGGAGAUCAACGACAACAGAUUCGAUCGCUUCGACACGUUUCAAAUCAAAAACGUAUCGGACGUUUUCAAUUGCAGUUUCUUGAACAACCGCCUAAAGGAUCCCCAGCCGGGCAGUCUCGAUAUAAACGCCUGCCGGAUGCACCAUAUCCAUGUGGGACGGCAGUGUGCCUGCGAUAGCAGAGCCUGGCUCUCGAAUCUUAGCCACCACGAUCUGGACUCGGAAAUACUCUGUACGUUGAGCGAAAGCGAUACCAAGUGCUUCAAUUCCACCAGCGUUAACUGGCGGCGGUAUUUGUAUGAGGCCUGUGGCGUGGGCAGGAACACCAAUGUCACCCAGCACUGCAUCAACGGACGGUGGUCGGAGCGAUCGAUCAGCGACCAGCAGAGCGGAAAUGUCUGGAGCAGCAACGGCAUAGCCGGAUGCAUUGUGGCCUUCGUGGCGGUGAUGGGCCUGGUUGUGGUCGGCAUCGCACUGAUAUGCCGGAAGAAAAGAAACAACGUUAGUCAGACCUGCUCCUGGACCAAACCGGAAACGGACAUGCUGUUAAAAGAGGUAAAGAAUCUGUCCGAUCAAGAGGAAUAUAAGGAUGUGUGUAAGGCCCUCUUGAAACUAAACAAAGGAACACUGAGCAAGGCCGACUGCUUAAAUCGCAUCACCGACAUUCUAAGUUGUCUACCGUCCAAGUCACCGUCCGUCAUUAAGAAUCUGCUCACCGAUCACCUGAACAAGUGCCAUCCUAGUAAUAUUCUCAAAUUUGCUGAUUCCCAAGUGGUAGAUUCGAUGCUGCCACCGAUACCACCGCCAAGUGCACCCAGUCCAGACCUACAAGAUACAUACGAUACGCAUAUCUAUGCUGAGCCCCAGGAGGAGCGACGCCUAAUACCAAACAGUACACCACAACAGUCACCACCAGAAUUCUGCACCCACUACUCGUCUCCCAUUAAUACCGAGGACCCGUACACCGAGCCAUUCAAUGCACAUGCAAACGAUAUACCACCGGCCUACCAAUAUGCCACUCCUAUGCGACGCCUCGCCCCGCCCCGACAACCCCCAAGCAGUGUCGUGAAAUAUUCCACACCCGUAUGGCGCUCUGCCCCAGAUGCCACACCCAUCAGUCGCCCACCAUCGGGAGCUAGUGUCCCAACUGCCAGCGCCAGCGCCACCGCCACAGACGUUGUACCGCCAUGGCAGCGUCAUGUGCGCGACUUGCGACAGGACUUGGAGGCCAUGCCACAAUUUCAUCCCAAUCAAUUGACCUCAUUGCGUAACCAAAGACAGGUGCAGCAGAAUUAUCCGCGUCAGCAGCAGAAGCAGGAGCCAACGUUGCAACAGCCACCGCCCUAUAGUGGCAGCCGCGGUCCGGGCGGUAGCCGCAGUUUCGAGUGCCUGGAUGGUGCCGCCAGUUUGGCAGCCAUGGAGCACAUGGACUCCGGUUCGGAUCAUUCGGGGGGUAGUGAUGUUACGGUUCAAAUCAGUGAUGUGAUUGACUAUGCGGAUGCCUAAAAGUAUGCAGCGGAUGCACCAGUAACACCAUCUGCCCUAUAAUAAUACUUAUAACUGAUUAUAAACGAAACUUUGUGAUAUAAAUAAGAUUUCUCUGGCGAUACGUUUGAAACUUUGAGAGAGAGUAUCAAGAGACCCGAACGUUGAAAAUUGAGAAAAAAAAAAAUUAUAAUAAGCUAGUUUGUAUAAAUACAUAUAUUAAACAUUGAAAUG